CCAGGAUUCCAGUCCAUCUGGACCGUGUAUGACAGUAGACCUUAAAUUAUCCCAUUUGGAUUGGAACCCCGAAGCGACCCUAAUCCACUUCCAGGGCCAGUACCAGACCCUAGACGAGUUGGACUACAAAAGCCUUCAGCGGGAAAUCCAAAACACGCCCAAGAGCAAAGCUAACGUGGACAUCGGUGAGUUUUGCCUGGUGGAAGACCCCAGGACGGCCCAGUGGUACAGAGGAAGGUGUCAGGGGCGCAAAGGCGGCGUGUCGGACAUCUUCCUCAUCGACCACGGCAACGUCUUGAGCGUGGACGCGGCCCACAUAUCUUCGUGCUCCAAGGAUUUGUUCAACCGACCUGCGAAAAUCGUCUGUGGCUUCCUCGCUAACGUGCUGCUACAUGGCGGGUGGUGCCAUUCGUCCGGCGUGGUGGACUUCCUCUCCAGCCUGAUCGGGAAGAACGUCACGGGCUACAUCCAAGCCGUCCUGCCUCAUCAGGUUCUCCUGCUGGACCUUCCCCACAUCAACGACGAGCUGGUCAGGCAAGGCUUCGGCAAGCACGUGGACAAGGACACCUUUCUUCUCUUGGUGGAGUUGCUCACCGAGGUGCCGCUCAAGCAAAACAUCAAUCCCAUUCCGGACCUGCUGCUCAGCGGGCCGAGCGACCGCGUCUUUGGCUACAAGUCGUGCGCGUUGAAGGUCUACGAGCAGCUCCUGCCUUUUUACGGGCCCAAAAUGAGCUGCGGCACCCGUGCUCGAGUCCGACUGACGUCCGCUGUCAACCCGGGUCUCUUUUAUUGUCAGAUGGUGAGUAAGGAGUCCGAUCUUUGGCUCAUGUCCAAGAAGCUGGCCGCAGUCAACGACGGCCAAAGCCAGCAGCAGAAGACUCAAGCCAACGUCGGUCUCCUCUGCUCGGCCAAAAGCAAAAACGGCAAAUGGUACCGAGGCUUGGUUCAGUUCCUCCCCAUGAACUCGCAGGCGCAAGUCCUGUUUGUGGAUUUCGGAUUCUCCGAGUCGGUCAAAGUGGAGGACGUCCGCAGCUUGCCGCCCGAUUUGUACUCGACGGCCAUUAUGGCGUUCCCGUGCUCGCUGGCUUCUCUGAAGGUUCAGGACGAGGAGCUCGCCAGUCGCCAGUUGAGUUUCCUCAAGGCCGGCUUGCUCGGGGCCGUCUUGGAUGUGCUCGUCGAUACUUUCGACGAGGAGCGGCGCCUCUACUCCAUCACGCUCUUUGAGGCUCUGGAGAAUCACACAGCAGAAGCUGUUACCAGACCUCAUCCAAAAGAAGAGGAGCCUCGCCCGUCCCCCCAGGACGCAAACCUGUCCUACGAGAGCAUCGUGGGCCGAGAGCUGGCUAAGACUCUGAAAAGGGAGGAGCUACAGGAGCGGUCGGUGUUCGAGGCCUUCCUGGAGUUCGCCCAGAAUCCAAACGACUUUUGGAUCCGGACCACAAAGCGAGACGGCGAGUUCCAGGAGAUGAUGAGCAAAAUAGCCCAUCACUUUGCUGGCAUGAAGCUGGAAGACGACGUUCUGCCCAACCCGGAGCUCGGAGCGCUCUGCUGCGCGCUCUACGAGGCCGACAUGCAAUUCUACAGGGGCGUGGUCACCGGCAAGCUCCAGCACGGCGCCGAAGUUCUCUUCAUUGACUUUGGCAACGUGGAGAAAGUUCCCGGUACUGUAAUCAAGAAGAUCCCGGAGGCGCUGGCCUCCAUUCCCGCCUUUGCUCUGUGUUGCACUCUGGUCAACGUGAUGCCCCUGGAUGACGUUUGGACCCGUUUCAACUUGGACUUCUUCAGAGCGACGCUAUCGGGCAAGCUGCUGCUCGUCCACGUGGUCCAGAUCACACCGUGCAAGUGCGUCGUCGAUCUGUUCCAGGCGGAAGGCGAUGGCCGUCGGAGCGUCGGUGAGCUCAUGGAGGCUUCCCAACAAGCAGACUACUGGAAAAUCCUUCCGGAGAAACAUCAGAAAGAUGAGACAACAAAGAAAGCCAUUCAGGAUUCACGUGUCAAUGGAGAGGAAGCCAGAGAAGACAAAUGUGACCACAAGACCUCCACAUCUCCAAGCUUGGAGAAGCGAGAUCCUCCUGAAGAGGAGGAGGAGUUCAUCUACUCCCAUUUCGACUUAAUGCCGGAGCACCAGGAAGACGUUCACGUCACUCACAUCAGCGACGAGCUCGCCAUCUACUGCCAACUCCACCGCAACACUCAAGCCAUCCAGGAGCUUGAAGAGAACAUCUCAGCGCAAAUCCAGAAAAUAAAGGCAGCCAGUGCACAAGAUGCUCCGACAAAACGGUGCUUAGCAAAAUACUUGGAUGGAAAUUGGUACCGGGCCCUGGUUCUGAGCUCUCCGUCUCCGCGCCAUCUCAACGUCUUCUUUGUGGAUUACGGCAAUUGCGGCAUCUCCGAGAAAGCCAACGUGGUGUCCCUUCCCAGAGACUGCCGCUGUUUGUUGUCCACGCCCGUCCAAGCCUUGAAGUUCAACCUGGCUUGCGUAUCCGGGAAGGAGGUCAACACGGAGGUCAAGGAAUGGCUGGAGGAAGCGCUACUCGACAAGCGGCUGAGAGCCGUCAUCCUGGCCAAGUGUCCGGAUUCUUCUUUUGACGUGCGGCUCUCGGACGGAGACCUGGACAUCGACCGGAAGGUCGGAGAGCUCGUCGGCUUGAAGCAAACCGACAAGCAGCCCGUGGUUGACGUCAGCGUUGAGAAACACCACAAGAAUCUGAAAACCCACCAAGAUACAAAAAAGUCCAAAAGGCCAACUUUGAAACCUCAAGCGCAACAGCUAGUCAAAGUUCAAAAUCCUCAAGUUGGCCAUUUGCCAAACAGGAAGGAGAAAGAAGGUUCCCGCUCGCUCUGUUUCGUCUCGCACGUCGACUCGCUCCGUCACUUCUUCCUGCAGCUCUCCCAAGACGAAGCGGCCAUCUUGAAAAUGGCAGAAGACAUCAACUCCAUGAGCGAGUCUUCCUUGAAGGCCGCCGUCUUGCUGCGGCGCGGCGACCUCGUCCUGGCGCGCUACCACGAGGACGGCGCACUCUACCGCGCCGUCGUGGGGGCAGACCAUGACCGCUCCGGUUCCAAGGUAGACUUCCUGGACUACGGAAACAGCGCGGUGGUUGAGGAGAAGAAGAUCUACGCCUUGCCCGGGAAAUUUCUUUUGCUGCCGCCAUUCGCCAUCCCGUGUUGCCUGGCGGACUCCGGCCUUUACGGCGACGACGACGCCGCCUUCACCGACGCCGUCAUGGGGAAACCUCUCAUGGUUCACUUUGUCCAAAAACGGGGAACUUGCUGGCAAGUGGAGAUGGACAUACGCAAGGAUGAAGAAACGUCGAAAGCCCCGGAGCCUCCUGCAAUGGACGAAAAGGCGAAGCUCCGAGAUCAAGCCGUCCCGAAAGUCACCGCGGAUCAACAAGGAACAUUUGAGACGUGCGUGAAGGAUACAAACCUGAGCUCGUCUGAAAGCUUCAAAACCAAAAAUAGAAAGAGGCCCGUCAUAACGACGCUCAAACAGAAGAGGACGUCCGGUGCCAGAAUUAAAGUGGACCUUGUCUUCCUGGCUCGGUUGCUGCGGAAAAACCAGAAAGGGUUUCUUCCGUCGCCGCCUAAAAGCCACAAUCAAGAACUUCCGCCAGAGUCCAGUCUACAUCACAAGCUGGUCUUCGCCCCAGUCUCGCUCAACAAAGAGUACUCGGGGUUCAUCGGCUCAGCGACGACCCCGUCCGAGUUCUACGUGGUUCUGAAGGACUCGAUGGCCGUGGUGAACAAAGUGACCAUCCUGUCGGAGCGCCUCUCCGGGUCAGACUUAGCCCUUCUUCCCAAAUGUAGCCUCACACCCGGCGCCGGCUGCUUGUUCAGAUCAGACGUGGACAAGUGGUGCCGCGCUGAAGUUGUCCGCGCCGACGGCUCGUCCGGCGGGGUCGUGAACCUGGUGGACCGCGGCCUCUCUAACCGUUUUGCUGGACGAGACUUGAGGAUCAUCCCGGAAGAUCUUCUCAAGCUUCCCAAAGUGGUCUAUCCUUGCGUCCUGAGGGGGGCGAGGCCCGGCGGAGAAGACGGCCACUGGAGUGAGCGGGCCAACAUCUACCUGCAGAAGAUCGUGAACCGCAACCUGAAGGUGCUCUUUCGAGAACUUCAGUCCGAUACACGCUGGGCUGUGGACAUUGUGGUGGACGGCGUCGACCUCGCCCAAACGUUGGUGGCAGAAGGUUUCGGUAGCGGGGUCAACAGCGACGACGGAGAUCCGACACCUGCAAGAAUCCGAAGCAGCCAAUCAGGACCCAGCGGAAGGUUGUUGUGA